UGUUUAUCAUAUUCAAGAUGGCGGCUAAGCGAUGCUUAUGAACUUAGCAGAGCUCUAUCCGCACAAACGAUUUAUUAUGACAGCUUAUGGAGGGUUUAAAUAUGCUUUACAACUAUGAGCUUACUUAAGAAACUCGCGUCUUUGUCUCCUCUUCAAUCGCCAAGUUCUGAAGCCGAGAAGAAGCAUGUGGGCGAGGGGUUUGUGGAUUUGGGUAGCACGGAAUAUUUGAGGCUUGUAGACGUUCAUUGGAAUAAUGCUAAGGCGAUAAUAGCUCUGGACGAAAAGACCGUUGGACACCAGGAGCGUUGCAAUAUUUUAGUUUAUCAUUUGAAUGAAAUUGUAUCCGUUUUGGUGGACGAAAAGGACGGAGACCCCGGGCCUUGUUUACAAUAUGUGCUCGACAAUGAUGUGUUUCAAACAGUCUAUACGUGGAGUGCAACCAACAAAAACUGCGUUAAAGACAUGAAACGGGAACAGCUGAGGUUAUUUAGGAACCUCAUAGAAAAGGCUAGAGCUCAUUUGCUGAUCUACGAGCAAGUAUGGAAACCCUUGCUCUAUCUUCUUCACUCUUGCGUAAACACGUUCUCCUCAGACAUGGAAGAACAUUUCGUUGCCGUGUUGAAAGGCCUUUGCGUGAGUGUGAAUCGAGAUAUUGCUUUAUUGGACUUAUUUUUCCUGGAUAACCACGGACAUGGACAGAUUGCGAAGUUGUCUGUAUUUUCAUUGCUUAUUCCGUUUGUACAUCGAGAAGGAAAUGUAGGCAAUUGGUCCCGCGACGCCAUGCUGUUGUGCAUGGCGCUGUCAUCUGUGGACACUCGCUUAGGAACUUACAUCGCAGAGGAGACUGACUUUUGUCCUGUAAGUAUAUAUUAUGGUACAGUGUACUUUAUUUUAUGUUAAUGACAGGCCUCUUCAGCAAAGAUCAGAAGAGAAGUCCUAAGUUUUAAUUCUCUGACGGAAAUUUACAUGUAUUUCACCUUUAAACCUUGGCGGGAUACGACGUCAGUAAUGUUUAUUUUUGUUGGAUACGACUUUCAAUCAUUUUCCCUCCUUUUAAAGUGUUGGUAACUCUGCGACUAGGUGUCGUUAUUCUUUUGUUUUACUCGUCUCGUAUAUAUGCAUGCGAUCACUUAUCAUUGGCCACUCAACUUGAAGCGAGUAAAGGCUGUCUGCGUGAUGCGUAUGUUCUUUUUUCCCUGGGGAUAAAUAAGUUAAGGUUUGUGUGUUUCCGUUUAUUAAGCUUUGCUGUUUAUCUUUUAUUACUUUUUACUAUACACGUGUUUGCAUUUCCAGUUCAGCUUGUGGACUGUUUUGUAGUCUUUGGCCCUGCAAACUGCCCAAUAUUAGUAAUCUCUAUUUGAGAUGUUAAGGUUGAUAUAUUAUUCCAAUGUGCCUUAAAUUUGCAUUUUUUCAACUCGUCCGAAAUUUGACACCCGCAAAAGAAACUGAACACUUUAUGUUCUGAAGUGUUGUUUACUUUGUGUAAGAUUAUGCACAUUGCAGCAUGACAGAAUAAUUUAUGUGGAGUAUCACAAAAGUGGAAUUGCAUAUUUUGAAAUGAGACAUACUAUCUGUAUUGCUGAAAAUGUAAAGUAAUGUUAGCAAUAUUGGCAUUUUUGUCAAGCUACUAUAUUUCUGUACUGUAUGUACUUGACGAUCAGAGGAUUAUGAGUGAGAUAGAUAGUUCUGAGGUGAAUAUUCUGAAUAACUUCUAUGAUCCUUUUGUGGUGUAGGAUGUGCAUGUAUCUAGUAUGCAUUUAAAAACCAAGGUCUUACGUAUUUUAGAGGAAUUAAGGCACUCAUGGCUGUUUUGUUACUAUCAUAUUUUGCAGUUGCCUUUUUUUUUCAGUGUAAUUUUGUGUCCUUUAUUGUCACCUGUUCUGCCACCAAACAGGUUGCUGUUUUAAUGCCAUGUCACUUGUAAUAAUUAUUUACAUGUUCAGUUCUUAUGUUUGUGUAUGCAUUCAUUGCACAGUCUUAUGGCAUAGUAUGUACUGUGCAGUGACUAUGCAGAAAUAUCAUGGAUAUGAUUGGCUGUGGACAUGCACAUGACAUGAUGUAAACACAAAGCUACCACUGAAUUUAUUUGAUUCCAUAGUGACUCAGAUAAAAUGAAGCAUGCUCGUCUUUCUGAUGACAUAAGACAUGUUCAUGAAGUUGACAAUGCAAACCAUAAGAAAACAAAGCGAUGAAAAUUAUCACUAAACUGCAACAAGAAUAUUGAAGAAAUUUUGUUGAUCAUUGGAAAUGAUCAGAUUGUCCUAACCGUGAAACUUAUCCGUAAGGGCUGUUUGUCGUGCAUUGUGUUUUUGUGACAAGGACCUUGACUAAGGGCUGGGAGGCAGGGAUUUUCCCCAGCUACAGUGUGCUAUGAGCAUGACCUGCAGCUACUUUCAUAGGAAACAAAAAAAAUGGAACCAAAAAGACUUCCUAGCUGGUCAAUUCCCUGCCUUCCAAUUUUUAUAUACCUGGUAACUUAUAAUCUAAGUGACAGCCCUGUGUGAUAGUCCAAAAAGGACAACACACAUUUAGGAAUCAGUACUUGUCACUAAUGAUUUUAUAUUUUGUUGUUGUUAUUUUUUAAAGUUAGUCCAUAUAUUCAUUCAACUGUUGUAAUGCAAAAUUGCUGUUUUUUUCACAAAUGUGCCAAAAGAACAAAACUGUAAACAGAAGCGAAUAUGAAAAUCUCCCCAAACCACUUUUUGUUUUUAUAAAAACUGAAAACUAAAUGUUCACAAAAGGAGAAACCUGCAACCUGCGAGGGCAAAGAAAUCUGAGAAGUCCAAGCCCUAUAAGGCUUUCAAAUCCCAUGGAAAACAAUUUUUUGGUUCUGUGCCCAGAGGUCAUGGGAACUAUCUGAAACAAUUUUUUGGUCGCGUGAAAAUUCAUGGUAACCCACCUCCUAAACGAUUUCAAUUUUUUGAAGUCAUAUAUUUUUUCUUGGCACUAGAAGCCAUAAACCAGUAAUGUUCAAUGCACUUCCCGAAUGAAUUAAGAUGGCAGACAAUAGAAAACUGAUAGAUGCUAAACACAAUGUUUUUGUUUCGUGUCAAAAUAAGCCGAGACAUAACUAUUGCUCUACUAGUUAAGAGCCUGAGUGGAAAAAUAGUGAAUUUCUGUUAAUUGAUCCCCAAACAAUUUUUCGGUGCCGUUACAACACAGUUACCAUGAAAUCCUAGGGCUUGAAAGCCACAAAUUUUAGGACAAAACACCAGAGAUUUUCCUCAUGGGCUGAGAGUAAGAAUAUAUAGUCUAAUUUCCAUGUGCGACCACCUAUCCAGAACACCAAAAUUUUCCCAGUCAAAUUACGAUUGUUGGAACCUCUCAUGAGCGACCAUGACCACUUUUUGGCCAUGGGGUGACGGUUUUAAUAUUUUCCAUUCUUUUAAACCUCUUAGAAUUAUAAGCGUCCACUUGACACCUGGUCUGAUCCCUAUGUUUGCUGUAUGUACUACACUACUCAGAGUGAUAAGAGUAAUUUGUAGUGACAACGCAGGUAAACAUAUCAUAACUUUGAAACAAAGGUGCAGUAAAUUCUCCUUCAAAAAGUGUGUAGUGGGAUGUCUACUCGGGUAAAAAAAACCCUGAAGUUUGAUUCUUGUAAGGGACCACCUCUUGGGAGCGACCACUAAAUCUUCACAUCUUGGUGGUUGCUUACAGGAGGUUCGACUGUAUGAAUAUUAAUAAACAAUAUUUGCUUCAGGUGUUGGCAACUGGACUCAGUGCACUAUAUUCUGAUCUUCCAACUUCCCUUGACAUCCCCUCUGAGGACUGGUAUUCACUGGAGAGAGGGCUGUGGGCAACGUUUCCUGAGCUUGUGUCUUUUUUGAGGUCACUGGAGUUCUGCAACAAUGUUAUUCAGGUACAUUUUAAGUAUGGACACCUCGAUCAGUCCCUUCCUUUCCUGACUUCCCUUAUUUGACUCUCUAUAACACAGACAUCACUCUUAGACAUACACCUAGUGCCAGUCACAAAGGUGUCCAUCACAGAGUGAGGUGACUGUAUUCAUGGGGGUAUUUAGAAAAAUGGGGCUGUAAGAUCUAACAAUAAAUUAUUAUUAUUAUUAUUAUUAUUAUUAUUGUUGUUAUUAUUUCACCCACUGCAUAAUGGGGACCUUUAGAUUCUUAUAAGAUGAGUACGAUUAUGAGUGCGAUAUUUUCUCAAUACUAAGUACUAAGCACACGAAAACCAGCGUCAUUUUGGCGGGAAAAUGUGAUAGUCAUAGUCAGAAUGUUGUGUUAGCAGACACAAGUUAUAAAGUGUUAGAGGUUUUAUUAUUUUGCGGCUGGAGGUGGCUUAACCUCUUUCAAUCAAGAUAACAGUGCUAAUAUUUUUGGUGAAAAAGAUGUACAAUGAAGCUAUCCGGGGUGUCCAUUAUUUGAGAAUAUGCAAAAAACUUCACGUUAAAUCUCAUACUUGUAGUCGUUCUUGUCCUAGAAUCUAAAGGUAUCUAAUAUGCUAAAGCAGUACAGUCAACUCUCUCAUAGCGACCACCUUGCGUAUGGGGCCACCUCCUGUAAGUAACCACUUUGAAAACAACCAUUUUGUUUCUCAGUCAAAUACUGUUUCAAAAACUCUCUUGUAAGCGACCACCACUUAAACUUUUUAAUGAACACAACUACUUUGUAAACCAGAAAUUUGACUUAUUCUUUUGUUUUUGCAUUUCUGAUAAGUGACCACCCGGUAUGAUCAUGUAUGAUUUUAAGAAAACCAAUGCUCGAAUAAAUUCACAAAAGUUUAGUUUUUGAUAGCACUGACCAAACAUGCUGACAGAUUAAUUAUAGCAAUUGACUUACAAGAAAGAUGGCUGUAAUAUGAUCUGUAGGUAAAAAAGUGGAUUGUAACAUUGAUCCAAAUGUCUGUAAGUACUUUCCAUAAUAUACGCUCAAGUGUCCAGGAUGCCUCCUUGGGAUGUCACCUCCUGGGCGAAAUCCCUGCAUGUGGGGAUAGUAACACUCAGAACUUUCAGCGCAUUUCUCUUGUCUUGUUUAGAUUGCCCACCCUCAAGUUCAGUUCAAGUUGUUGGACUUGAUUUACCAUGGAUUUCUUGUAUCAGUUAUGGCAUCAUCUCUUAGUCAGGUGGACUAUUUAUUUAUUUAUUUAUUUAUUUAUUUAUUUAUAAACUUCACUAAGAGGCCUGGAUCACUCACAGAGCAAGCUCCACGGAGCAAGCUUCUUUCAGUAUGUGAAUGCGUUAAAUUUUUAUGUUAUCCUUUACUUGACCUCACUGAAUGGGAAGGCUGCAGCAAAUCAAUUUGGCACUAACUUAUAUAAUUUUCUCAGUUUUGUGUCUGUAUUACAUCAUUUGCUUCCACAAUUUGCACCCUGGGGGGGAGUACUUCCUAGUAGUAGGCUAAUGGGUAUGUGCCGCUGGAUGGGGUCGCAUUUUCAUGACUGGAUUGACUAUUAUGAGGUUGCAUUUUUAUAAGAGUUACUAGAUUCCGGUUGUUGCACAUUUUCAGGAUUUUGGGGGUCAGAAAAUUCAGGUAGGAUUUUAAAAAAAGAAAGAUUUACACCACAUUAAGUUAAACAAAUGUGUAAGUUCAUUUCAGGAUGACCAAGUUAAAAGGCUUUAUAAGGUAGAUGCAUAAACAGAAAGUGACUAAGUUGGGAUUGCGAAUGUGACUAAGAUGUAGGCUAUAAUAUGGCCAUGGAAUAGACUAUGAUAUGGUAGGGGUUCUGAGAGGCUAGUGGCACAUACCCAGCAAAAAUUAACCCCAUCCUCCCACCCCUGGGAAUUUGCAGGGCUGUUAGUAAGGGCCAGAGGCUGGGGAAUUUCCCUGUCUACUAUGAGUAUGACCCCAGCUACUUGAAUAGGAAAGAAAAGUAAAAUAGAACCAAAAGAAUUCCUCAGCUGUUCAAUUUCCUACCCACUGAUGGUCACCCAACUAGUUUAGCUUUAUAGUUAUUUUGGGUGUCCCACUACUGUACAUAAAUUGUUAUUAAUAAAUUAAUAUGUUUCUUGUGAAUUCGUUUAGCUGUCUACAGUAGAAAAUAAAGCUGUUGUUGUUGUACUAACAGUAUAUAUCACCCAGCAACUUUAGAUCUUAGUUACAGCCCUGAUCAAUGCAUUUUAUUCAAUAAGCAUUCACUCUUUGUUUAUUGUAUAUAUGGUCACAAUUUUGUGAACAUCCUUGACCGGAUUAUGGAACGUGAACGCUGUAUUAGCUAAUAAUAUACUAGUAAUCAGUUACUUGUUGUUUACCAGUGUUUCCUGAAUCUUUAUGUAUGAGUCGUUUUGGAAGGGAUUUAAAUCCAAUCAGAGAUGGUUAAUUUGCCGGUAUCAAAAAAAUGUUUGCUAGUCUGUGGCGUCCUAAAUAGGAUGCAGCAGUUACAUCUCAAGUUAACUCUCCUUGGGAGAUGAUCUUGGGUUUCAAUUUAUUGGCUACAGGAAAGCAGGGAUGAAACUCUGUAGCGUUAUUUGUAUUAGCUAAUUAUUAGCUAAUACAGCGUUCAGGUUCCCUGUGACCUGAUAAUGCAUAACUGGUGUAUUUGAAACAUGUCAUCAACACCUCAUGGAAUGUUAUGUUCCUUAAAUGGUUUACUAUUUAUUUUAACAGUCGUCAACUGAGGCCUUGAUAGCUGCCACCGCCUACCUUGACUUGUUUUUACGCAGCAUUACUGAUUCCAACUUGAUGAAAGUCUUCCUGCAGUUUAUUAUGGUGGAAAGAUCAGAUGGCAGACCUAUUCUUGGCUUGCUAGUGUCUAGGAUUGCAGAGGAAUCCCAGGUAAGUUAUACACUCAAAACAUCUUACAUUUUUAGCAUGUUUUGAUUUUUUGUUAUUAUAUCUUUCUAUAAGCUUAGUUGUCAAGUCCAGCACUCUAACUGCUCAGCCACACUGCCUCCAUCAUUGUCGUCAUUAUCUACAUGUUUAUCAGUUAGACUGAGAAUUAGGUUCUUCUAGGCAAAAAGGCUGAAGGAGCAUAUUUUCUAACCCUUCCCCUAAGGAAAGAUAUAUUUAAGCCUUCAAGCAGUCUCCCCUGUUGUCUUGAUUCAAAAAAGGGGAUUACAUUUUGAAAUGCGGAUUUUGGAUUUUGCAAUAAAACAGGAAAUCCAAAAAGGCCUUUUAACGCCAAUAAUCUGCCCUCAAAGUGAUUUAUUAAGCGCUGUUCUUGAGAACAGUUUCUCAAACGCUAUUCCUGAUUUCCCAAAAACAGCGGAAAGAAAGGAAAUCUUAGGACGUUUUUUUUGGCCUUAUAAUCUGUUUUUGGCUUUCAUAAUAAAUGGCAAAUCGGAAAUCUGGAUUUUGAAAUCUUAAUCCAGACUUUCCACUUGACUGCACCGUUUGUAGAACUCUCAUUUUGAUUCACAAGGUUGCGUUUGAAAAAAUAAAAAAAAAAUCAUGUUGCUAUAAGUAGAACCAAUUGUGUACUUUCUUUGUUCUGAUAACUAAAUUGCUUUAAUUUUUCUUAGCUUUCCGUUGUGUCGCUGGGGUUAUUCUAUACAUUACUGGACCUAAACUGUGAAGACAUUAUGUACAGCUUGGUGUUCAAGUGAGUUUUAAACAGACAUUACCAGCCUGAAUACCAGCCCCCACCCCCCCCCCUCCCCACCCCCUAGCAGUUAUGGGUGAGGAGAUUUCAAAGGAAGAAGGGUUUCUCUUCAAUUUCUCCCCAUUUCAUUUCUCUUUUCCUUCUUCUCCAUCUAUCUUAAUUCUCAGUGCUGGCAUUAGCCCAGGUUGUCAUCCUGUUUCCCACACUGUCUCCUUUCUGAACGGAUACAGGGUUCUCAAUAGAUUUUUAAGUAGGAGGUGAUCACUGAUAAAGUAGGAGGCUCUUCAGCAAGGCCAGAGGUGUCAAAACAAAGCAAAGAAAAGCGACCUAAACACAAAGUAAGCGGCUAUAAAUUCCAAAGUAAGCGGCGAUCAAUCGCCGGGUGCCGCCUUCUAUUGACAACCCUGCGGAUAUUAAAAACCCUGGGGAAAUGUAGAGGGAGGGAAGGUGGAGGGAAUAACAAUACUCCUAGCAACCUGAUGUAACCGUACCGCAGAACUCGGAUUAAUCUGUGGCCUGUCCUGAGGUUUUGAAAAAAAAUUGGCAAGUGAUAUUAUUAUCUUUAUGAGUUUAUUUAAAUUACUAGUUUCCACCAGAUUCCUGGACUUUUCUACGCAAUAAAUGGCAAAACAAGUAAUUUGGGGGGCAUUUAAUCUUGCCUACUUAUUCAGGAAUACAGGGAAGCUCCGUCCAAAAGGGGCACCUUUUUCAGGCUUCAGGUAAAUAAAAGGGUGUCUAUAGGAAUUUCACGACUUGAAGUCUAUGAAAGGGUGGAGAAAUUUGUCAUUUCAGCCUGCUAAAGGAUCUACUAGGGCUAACAGACACAUUGGCGGUUCAAAAGUCAAGGAAACUUCUUGCUUUCACGAUCUAUUCGUUUUUUAAGAAGACAGUGUUUUUAUAGCAGGUAAAAGAAAUUCAGUGUUCUAAACAGGUUAUAUGAAAGGGGUACCAUUUGUACAUAGAAGACAUGAAAAAGAGGUCCCUUUUUUGUCGAAAAUGGUUAAAAAGGGUAAUGGGUUGGACCUUGGGGCGGAACCUCCCCGUAUAAUUUUUUUGUUGCGCGCCCUGUCUCAGGUUGAUCACGUGCCCAAAGCGAGUGCAUUCAAGUGGUUCAAAGUUUCAACUGCUAUUUCAGCUGCAAGUAGAAUGUUACUUGUGAGUCGUCUUUUUAAUAUUCCAUCUAAGUUUUUUGUUUACUUUGCUGUUUCUUUCCCACAGGCAUCUAAUUCCGUGCACUCACAUUUUAAGCAGUCAAAAAAGAACUAUCAAAGAAUUGGAUAUUUACAGCAAGAGCGCGUCGAAAUUUCUGUCGCUCAUUCCCAUCUCCUGCUCAAGUUGUAGCCAAUCUCCGUCACCUUCGUCAUCCAACGAGAACUUAAACUCAAGUUCUAACACACCUAUGAAGAUAGACCUUAAGACAUCAAGUGAAUUGGUGUUCUACGGGUCUACACAGCUUCAAGAUCUUUAUUCGGAAGUGAAUACGGAUUACAUGGAGUACCUAACAGACGCGCGCUGUUUCCUUAGAGACUGUCAAAUGAGAUGCAGCUGUUGGUCCGCCCCUUAUGACGGUCAAAACCCUUCCCCACAGGACCCUCCAAUGGAAAGAGAACGUUCUGCUUCGAAUUUGUCAACCCUUUCAGCACCCGUUGCUAAUGGUGACAUUCCAAAUAAGGGUUCGUCUCUGAAGGCGUCAGAUGACCUGCAGAUUCCAAUCAAGAGGUCCAAAUCAACCAAUGAUUCUGAAACCAAAAAGCAACAAGUGGACCCUGAUUUAGGACCGUUUUUAUCGACGCUUUUUCAAAAAUUGGAGCGGAUGCCGCAGAACUCAUUCUAUGUCAAUUUGAUCCUGACAGGGGUGGUGUCAAGACUUGCGUUGUAUCCUCAACCUCUGCUCCGUUCGUUUUUGCUGAAUUACAACAUGGUUCUUAAACCUGGAGUGCGAUCUCUGUUUCAGGUUAGACGACAUUUAUGUCAUUUAUAGCGCUUAUGAGAUGUUGAUUAAAAAGUGCCGAAAUCACAAUGUCGGGGGAACACUCCCAUAUGAAAAACUUGUGAUGUCUCGCUAAGAGGGAAAAAUUGCAGACUUUGCUUUCCCAUAAGCUCCAGUAAAACGGGCAACAAAAGCAACAAAAAACUGUUUUGUAAUAAGGCGGCAAGACGAGUUGAAAUGCGAUGUUUUAGGUUUUACCUCCCACUUUCAAAUCAAUUUCGCGCCAAAGUUAAGAAGUAAUUUGUCACUCAUGACAUUAUUUAUUUAUUUAUUUUUGUGACUGAUUUAUUGUAACAGCAAUAGCCUAGCUAUCUCCUCGAAGAGCUUUAUGAAUAUAUAUUUUUUUGUAAUGAGUGUCCUUCUUCUUUCAGAUCCUUAGUUCGGUAAAGAUAAAAGUUGAGAACAUCGCGGAUCAAACUGACAAUCUCAGCAAACUACUCCGACGAGCCAGGAAAAACUUGAUAUUUCGCGAAGAAAAGAGUCGCGCAAGUAUUCAAAGCGUGGUAAGCGACGUGCAACAACCAGUGAAGCUGGUGAAACAUACUGAACAAAAGAGCCCUAAACUGAUGAGACAGAAAACUGACUCCUCCAUACUGAGUCGAGCUCGGCUUUUGCAAGACGGUCCCCCUCCUUGGAUUUUCGGUAGCAAGGGAGGGCCUAACUUACGUAAACAAUCCUUGGACUCAUCCGGGAGCCCUAAGCUGAGAAAAGCCAAUUUUGAGAGGCGCGCGAGCAACGUCAGUGCGAGUACAAGAUCUAGUCUGUCGUUAAGCGAGUCUUGGGAGAGUUUGAACUCUUUAAGCCCACGGUAUGGUAGCACAACGGACUUGAGCGAAGAAAAUUUACCCAAACCAGGCACAGUUCAGAAAAUUGCCAGCCCUUUGAAGGGCGGGCAGAAUUCGCCGAAAAAAACUUUUCCGAAGAACACCUUUAAAAGGAAAAAUCCGAAGAAUGUGAAGAACGCUGUUUAUUGUAUCGUGGUGUUGGAAGAAUGGUUGAAGGAACUGGCGGCGAUCUCUCAGGAACAUGCUUUGUUACUGAACCUGGGCGAGGAAUUGCAGGUUACUGUCUGAUAUCCUGUGUGGGUAUCAUCUUGUCCGUGGGAAGUUCUUAAAUACCCGUGGGAGUGUUGUAAUAAUUUUGAGUUUUGAGUAGCAGGUUACUGCGUGACUACUACAUGAGAACUAGUUUCUGCAAUUUGAUUGGCUUAGAGCAGUGGUAUUUAAGCUUAAUUUGAAAUACCUACACGUGAAAAUUACAAACCUUUUGCGGGUAGUAGUGUAAACGAAUAAUAGCAUGAUUUGGACGUGAUAUUUGGCGUAAAUACCACUCGUUAUAUUUCAAAAUUGUCGCAAAUUUUACUCGCCUAACAGCUCGUGAAAUGGCAUAUAAAAAUUUUGAAGUAUCACUCGUGGUAUUUAUGCCUUCACAAAUCUAGGGAACUGUAAUAUUCCGCAAUAUAGAUUACAAAACAUUUUAUAGUAAGUAUUCAGAUUUUACGACAAGCAUUUUAUACGCUUUAUUGUAGCUCUCCAUCAGAGUUUUAUAUAUUUUGUUAUUGUUCCCUUACAUGGCUAUUUCAAGUUAUCCUCAGUGCGUCGCUACCUUUUAAACAUGUCGUAAAUGGGUGCUAAACGCCAAAAAAUUAAAUGAGCCGAAAUCAAUGAAUAUUCAAAACAAUGUAAUUUUUUUUAAAGAACGCCACGAAGGA